UUGUAGACAUUGGCACAACCAUAACCAUAACCUCGUAUUUUUUUUCAUGAUUUAAACUGGUGGAAAGAUUUAUCACAUUCAAAAUGUCGCAAAUUGUUUGAAAUAUUGUCUGAUGGAAAUUAUUACGUAAUUCAUUCAUUCCGUUGCUUUACAUAAUAUAAAAAUGCGUAAAGUUAUAUCAAGUUUAUUUUACUCCGAGAUUAUUCGUACUAUUCGUAGUACAAAAAUUUUCAAGCAACAAAGAAGGUGGAUAUAUUCAUCAAACAAGUGUUUUUCCGUACGAGAGACAACUGAUGUAGAAUAUGAUGUGCCAGUUGAAACUAUUCGUAACUUCAGUAUUGUUGCACACGUUGAUCAUGGUAAAAGCACACUUGCUGAUAGACUGUUGGAAUUAACUGGGGCCAUAAAGGCAAACUCUGGAAAGCAAGUUUUGGAUAAUUUGCAAGUGGAGAAAGAACGUGGAAUUACUGUGAAAGCACAGACAGCUUCAUUGUUUUAUUCGUAUCAAGGAAAGAAUUAUCUUUUAAAUCUUAUCGAUACACCAGGUCAUGUAGACUUUUCGGCAGAGGUCCAUCGUUCACUGGCUCCUUGUCAAGGAGUUAUAUUGUUGGUCGAUGCAAAUGAUGGUAUCCAAGCACAAACAGUAGCCAAUUAUUACUUGGCGCGAGAUAAAAAUCUCGUAAUAAUACCAGUAAUUAAUAAAGUGGAUCUGAAAAAUGCCAAUCCUGAAAAAGUGAAAGAUCAAUUGCAAACAUUAUUUGACUUAGAAUAUAUUGAUGUUAUCAAAAUAUCUGCUAAAUUAGGCACUGGUAUUGAUAAAGUUCUAGAUGCUAUAGUUGAAAGAAUUCCACCACCUAAUGUAUGUAGAGAUAAAUCUUUUAGAGCUUUAAUAUUUGACAGUUGGUAUGAUAAGCAUAAAGGUGCUAUUUCUUUAAUUUAUGUGAAAGAUGGAGCACUGUCAGUUGGCAAACAUAUCACCUCUUUACAUAUGCAAAAAUCGUACGAAGUUCGAAGUAUUUUUCUUCUCAGACCUUAUGCAGAGAAUGUGAAGACAAUAUUUGCUGGGCAAGUAGGUGCUAUUGCAUGCAAUAUGAAAUCUAAAGAGGCUCACAUUGGCGAUACUUUACAUUUACGGAAUCAAUCUGUUGAUUCUUUAGAAGGAUUUAAGCCCCCAAAGCCAAUGGUAUUUGCAGGCGUAUAUCCAAUGGAUCAGUCACAAUUUGUUUCUUUGCAAGCAGCUAUCGAUAAACUUAUAUUAAACGAUAGUGCUGUGACUGUCACUUUAGAAUCAAGCAUUGCACUUGGAAGAGGAUGGCGAAUUGGUUUCCUAGGCUUAUUACAUAUGGAAGUCUUUAUUCAGCGUCUUGAACAAGAAUAUGGGGCACAGCCGAUAGUUACAGCACCCGCAGUUACAUACAAGGCAAAGAUUUUUGGCAGUAAAAAUAUAACAAAAUAUCAAAAAGAUGUUAUAAGUUUUAAUAAUCCAGCGCAUUUCCCAGAUAAACAGAUUGUUAGCGAAUUUUACGAACCUAUGAUUGUAGCAACCGUUAUAACACCAGUUAAAUAUAUGAGUGAUAUUAUGUCACUUUGUCGAGAAAAGCGAGGCGUAGAAAAGUUGAACAAAACUAUUGGCAAUGACAGAAUCAUGCUGCAGUAUGUAAUGCCAUUGAGCGAAGUAAUCCUUGACUUUCAUGAUUCUUUAAAGAGCAUAAGUUCUGGUUAUGCUAGUUUUGACUAUGAAGAUUAUGAUUAUCAAUUGUCAGAUAUAGUGAAGUUAGAUAUUCUUUUGAAUGGAAAUCAGGUGGAAGAAUUAAGUACAAUUGUACAUAGAGCAAAAGUAUUGCAAACAGGCAAGAAAUUAUGCGCUAAGCUUCUUGAAACAAUUCCUCGACAGCUUUUUGAAAUAGCGAUCCAAGCAGCGAUAAAGAGUAAAAUAAUUGCAAGAGAAACUUUAAAACCAUACAAAAAAGAUGUAACAGCAAAAUUAUAUGGAGGUGAUGUUACUAGAAGAAAAAAAUUGUUGGCACAACAAGCAGAAGGAAAAAAGAAAAUGAGAAUGAUCGGAAAAAUUUCUUUACCACGGGAUACUUUUAUAAGUGUAUUGAAAAAAUAAAAUGAAAAUAGUGAAGAAAAAAAAAUGAUUUUGUACAUAAGAUAAAUAUAGAUAUCGAAAAAAAGA